AUGGCCAAGGAACGAUGCCUUAAAAAGUCCUUUCAAGAGAGUCUUGAAGACAUAAAGAAAAGAAUGAAAGAGAAAAGAAAUAAAAACUUGUCAGAGAUUGGCAAACGCAAGUCUUUUGUAGCUGUGCCAUGUCAGAUAACCAGCAACACUUCUACACUGCUGAAAAAUUAUCAGGAUAACAACAGAAUGUUAGUUUUGGCUUUGGAAAAUGAAAAAUCCAAAGUGAGAGAAGCCCAAGAUAUCAUCCUACAGCUGAGAAAAGAAUGUUACUACCUCACAUGUCAACUAUAUGCAUUAAAAGAAAAAUAUACUUCACAACAAACAGAAGAACCUAUUCAGAACCAGGAAGUAUGUCCCUCUGGAAUGGACUCAAAUAGUGAUAACAGCUCCGGGGAAUUACUUGUGAAGAAUUUACCGCAAAUUCCUCUUCAGGAAGCUGACUUUCCAGGACAGUUACUCCAAAUAGAAGAGCAGAUACCUACUGUUCCUUAUGAAAGACUGAGAUUUGAUUUUGAUUCAAAUGAAGAAAAGUCUGCUGAUAAUGAAUUACCUAGAACUGUAUCUGUCCGUCGAGGUUUAAAGAAGGGUUUUAACAGUCUGUGCCAGUUCCAUACCUUAGAUGACUUUGAAACCAAUCACAUGACAGAAUCUUUUGAAUUGGAAAGAAUUAGAUUUGCAGACCCACUAAAAAACAUACACAUACCCGAAAAUGUAGAACAAGAUGUCUGUCAGUGGAAUAAGGACCAGAUUAACUUACCUCCAAAGCUGACUCACCCGGGAAGCCUUACUAAAACAAAAGAGGUCAUUUUAGAAUCUAAAUUUGAACAAACUAAAACUAAGAAUAGAAAUACACUAAGAAGAAAAAGAGAAGAGAACAGAAAAGCUAAGAGAAGGAGAAAAUCAAAGUCUAUAACAAGAUGUAAAGGGAGCAAAAAUGAAAAUAAAAAAAGUGUUUCCAAGAAAAAGUUAGAUGUAUCUGUCAGUUCCAGUGAUGCUUACAAUUUUAAUUCGGAGGAGGGUGUUCAUCUCACUCCUUUCCGACAAAAUAUAAUGAGCAAUGAUUCUACAAGAAAAGAAAGCAACAAUGAGUCUGACGUGAGCAUCUGUGAAUCAAGUGAUUCGGAAGAUGAUUCCGAUGACUUCUAUUUGCCUUCUAAAAACAUUUGCAAGAACAUUCAAAAUCUCAACAUCAAAUCAGAUAGGAGCCCAAUCACCAGGCCUCGAUCUAAAAGAGUACCAAAAUACACGGACGAAAAGGAGAUGGAGGGUUCCAUGCCAACCAAAACUCCUACCAGUUCACCACUUAAAAAUCACCAGUCACCUCAUCUUAGCCUGAAGGAUAUCACCAAUGUUUCCUUAACUCCUGAAAUUAGAAUCAGAAAACUUUCUCUUUCUCCAAAAAAGAAUAAAGAAAGUGCAACAGUAUCUCUACCGAAGCGUAGAUGCACUGUCAGCAUGAACUAUAAGGAACCCACACUCUCCUCAAAACUAAGAAGAGGGGACCGUUUUACAGAUUUAUGUUUCUUAAAUUCUCCUGUUUUCAAGCAAAAAAAGGACUCCAGACGCAGUUCUAAGAAAAAAAAUUAA